AUAGAACCAGUAUUUUACAUCAUUUUUCGGUUGAAUUUUCGUGUCUCAAUCACAAGCCACCUAAUAUCAAGUUGGCCUGCUUCUAAAAUUUGUGCUCAUACUCAAGAAUUUGCGCACAAUGAGUCGAAAAGUAUUCGCUGUACUGCAGAUUUUGGUGAUUUUGAUAAUCGAGAGAGCAUACUGCAAUGCACCUGCACCUGCCCCUGCUCCUGCGCCAGCUCCUGCGAAUAAUCCAGCACCAGCAAAUGCACCAGCUCCUGCGAAUUGCCCUGCAGCAGCUGCUAUUAUACCUGCAGAUAAAUAUCCUACUCCAAGAAGAGAUGAAAAUGUCCAGGACACAUAUGCCGGCUGCGUCACAGUUAAUGAUCCGUACAGAUGGAUGGAAGAUCCAGACAGCCCUGAAACAAAAAAAUUCGUCCAAGAUGAGAUGGCACUUACCACGUCUUAUUUAGAAAAAAGCCCAUUCCGUGCUGAGUUGCAAGCUCGUUACAAGGAAUUGUAUGACUUUCCGAAAAUGACGGGUCCUUUUCAAAAAGGAAAACAUUUUUUCACUUUUCGAAAUACUGGUUUGCAGAACCAAGAUGUGCUUUAUAUAUCAGAUUCGAUAAAAGAUGAAGGUAAAGUAUUUCUAGAUAUGAAUACCCUUUCUAAAGAUGGUACUGUUGCAUUGGAUACAGAAACGUUAUCUUUCUCGGACGAUGGGAAAACGUUUGCAUAUGCGUUGAGUGCGGGCGGUUCUGAUUGGAAGACUGUGCAUUUCAAAGACGUGGAGAAAGGAGAUGAGCUCAAGGACAAGCUAGAAAAGGUCAAGUUUUCAGAAUUACCAUGGACGAAAGAUGGCAAAGGAAUAUUUUACGCGGCCUACCUUGAUCAAAAAGGCAAAGCCGAUGGUUCUGAGAAUAAUGAGAAUAAAAAUCAAAAGUUGUACUACCAUCUGCUUGGAACUGAACAAUGUAAAGAUAUUAUGGUGGCGGAAUUUCCAGACAAUCCUGAUUACUUCGUAGAUUCUGCGGUGAGCGACUGUGGCAAAUACUUGAUUGUAUAUGUAUCCGAAGGCUGUGAUAAUAACUUGGUGUACAUAGCUGAUAUAAGUAAGGGAGUCACACCUAAAAUGAAACUUGAACCAAUUGUCACAAAAAUGGAAGCAAAUUACAACUUUAUCGCCAACAAUGAAAACCAAUUCAUUUUUCGAACUAACAAAGACGCCGAUAAUUACAAAAUAAUGUCCGUUGAUAUCACAUGCCCAGAUCCCAAAUCGUGGAAAGACCUCGUACCUGAAGAUAAAAAGAACAGCUUGAACUGGGCUAAAGCAGCGUAUGAUAAAUACAUGUUUCUGUCUUAUAUCGAAGAUGUCAAGACUGUUCUCCAAUUACAUGACGUAGUAACUGGUAAAAUGCUCAAGCAGUUCAAAUUGGAAAUUGGAACGAUUGAAAAGGAAUCAGCUUUCUGCGAUAGAAAAAGCCCGAAUGCAUUUUUCAAUUUUGUAUCAUUUCUUACACCUGGUAUCACUUAUCAUUACGAUUUAUCAAAACAAACGCCCGAACUUGAGGUAAUUAAUGAAAUCAAACUGAAGAAUUUUGAUCGUGAGAAAUUCACAGUAGAGCAAGUUUUUUACCAAAGUAAAGACGGAACCAAGGUGCCUAUGUACAUUAUCCAUGAAAAGGAUCUCAAGAAAGAUGGAAACAAUUUCACCUACGUGUAUGGAUAUGGUGGAUUUAGUAUCAGCAUCUUACCGUAUUUCACAGUUAAUCGUCUGGUGGUCAUAAGCAACUUCAAAGGAGUACAUUGCGUAGCAAAUAUUAGAGGUGGAGGAGAAUACGGUGAAAAAUGGCAUAAAGAAGGAUCGUUGAUGAAAAAACAAAACUGUUUCGACGAUUUUCAAGCUGCUGGCGAAUACCUGAUUGCAGAAAAAUACACAAAUAAUAAAAUGUUGGCCAUUAAUGGAGAAUCGAAUGGAGGUCUUUUGAUGGGUGCCUGUCUUAACCAAAGACCAGACUUAUAUGGUGCUGUUGUUGCUGAUGUAGGAGUGAUGGAUAUGUUAAGAUUUGACAAAUUUACCUGUGGUCACGCGUGGAUAACUGACUAUGGUUCAUCAUCCGAUCCGAAAUUUUUCCCAAUUCUGUACAAAUACUCUCCUUUGCAUAAUAUUAAAAUCCCCGAAGGUUGCGACAAACAAUAUCCUCCUACCAUGCUAACAACUUCAGAUCAUGAUGAUCGAGUUUCACCUCUACACUCCUUGAAAUUCAUCGCCACAUUACAAUAUGAAGCUAAGAAACACUCCAAUCAGAAAAAUCCAUUCAUUAUCAGAGUCGAAACAGAUGCUGGUCAUGGUGGUGGUAAACCAUUGGAUAAAACUAUCGCAGAACUCAUAGAUUUCAUGUCGUUUUUUAUAAUCAACCUCGGAAUCCAGUACCAACCUUACCAUUGCUAAUGAAACCUCAAAGAGAUAAUUCUCACAUAAAUUUACAUGUAAAUAAAGAGCUAAAAAGGGUAAGAUGGUAUUUUUACAUUCAAAAAUACAAAAGCAAUUGUACCUAUAAUUUAAUUCGAAAUGUGUUGAUAGGUAUUAUUUAUAUUGCACAUAUUUAUAAAAAAUUCACUGAGCACUUAUGUCUUGUUGAAUAAAAUCGUGAGCAUUACCUAUUACCUACAUUAAAACCCUGUGUAAAAUUUCGUUCGUUUUUUGAAAAAAAAAAAAAAAAAAAAAAAACA